CCUGCCAGGCUGCGCCGCUACAAGUGCCAGAGGGCCGCUUGGUCGGGAGCCCCAGCAGUGCGCGGCCCGGGGCUCGCGCACUUCCCCCAGCAGCCCGCCUGCCCUCAUCUCGCGGGCGAGAGGCUCCGCUGCGCCGCUAAGUCGGCGGAAAGCCUCGGCAAGACGUCCGCCCCUCCCGCCUCCGUUGCUCGCCCGGCUGUCCGAGGAACGCGCCCAGCCAGGGAGUCGCAGGCGGGUGGAGGGGCUCACGCUUCAGUCAAGCUUUGCUGGGACUGAGGCGGCGGAGGACGCGGCUGGAUCUACCUGGAGCAGCCUCGCGGCCCGGGAAAGCGGCAGUGGCUGGCGGGCACGGCCGGGCGCCCUUCGUCCGGGACUUCCUCCGCCCUCCUCUCCCUUGGCUCCCCUCCUCCUGCUUGGCCGGGGGAGGCAAAGCCAUGACUUCCAGCUACGGGCACGUCCUGGAGAGGCAGCCGGCCGUCCUAGCCACGCGCCUGGAGAACCCCGGCAACCUCGACAGCCUGCAGGCGAAAAAGAACUUCUCGGUCAGCCACCUGUUGGAUCUGGAGGAAGCCGGCGACUUGGUGGCGGCUCAGACCGACGAGAGCGUCGGAGAAGGCGGCCGGAGUCUCCUGGAGUCGCCGGGGCUGACCAGCGGCAGUGACACUCAGCAGCAGGACGGUGACCAGCUGAAUUCUGAAGAGAAGAAGAAACGAAAGCAGAGGCGAAACAGGACCACCUUCAACAGCAGCCAGCUUCAGGCCCUGGAGAGAGUCUUUGAGCGGACACAUUACCCAGAUGCUUUUGUACGGGAAGACCUUGCGCGCAGGGUCAACCUCACUGAGGCCAGGGUCCAGGUGUGGUUUCAGAACAGGCGGGCAAAAUUUCGCAGGAAUGAGCGAGCAAUGCUGGCCAACAAAAAUGCAUCCCUCCUUAAGUCCUACUCAGGUGAUGUGACUGCAGUGGAGCAACCAAUUGUACCUCGCCCAGCACCAAGAGCCACUGACUAUCUCUCCUGGGGAACUGCCUCUCCUUACAGCACUGCCAUGGCUUCUUAUUCUGCUACCUGUACCAAUGCCAGCCCAGCUCAGGGCAUGAAUAUGGCUAACAGCAUUGCAAAUCUGAGACUGAAGGCAAAGGAAUAUAGUUUACAGAGGAACCAGGUGCCAACCGUGAAUUAGAGGGCAACAACCUGCAAGAACAGCUCAAAUCUAGAAAGAGCAGCCCCUGCCUGGGGCAACUGUCCUGCUUUGCCAUUUGUACAGACCUAGAAAGCCCACCAACCCAAGCUAAAGUUUUGCAUUGGGAAUAAAAGCAGGAUCCAAAUAAAUGGGAAACAGCUUCCAAUGUGACUCUGCUAUUCCCCCACAAAAUAUUGCCAAAGUGCCAAGAAAUCUCUUUUAGCUCAUCAUAGCAGGAGCUUCUUCGGUGAAGGACACAAGGCUUGAAUUCAUCCUAGGAAUGACUGCAAAUCCAAAGUUCAUUGAUCCUGCACUUGAACUCUUAUUUUCCCCCCUUUGGACUUUCUGCUUCUGUGUUUGCCACUCAUCUUUUUUAUUUGAAGCCUUCUAAAAUACUCUGAAAUCUUAUGCCAAAGAUCCUCAUGGUCACUGAUGCUCUGAUCCAUUCAAAGCACAAGGGAUCCCACCUGAUGUUGCAAACACCAGCAUAUGCCUGAUGCCUUAGCAUCCAAACUUUAGUGUCUAUUGGCUAGAAGCUCUCCUUCUGUUAGCUGUUUGAAGCCAAUUUUGAUUAUAGAUAAGUGUGUCUCACUGUUUAUUCUGCCACAACCUCUUUGAUAUUGUUAUGCUGGUUUCCAAAGAAUCUCUGAAUAUGAGAAUAUGUUAUUUUGAACCAAUUUCUGCCAAUGUAGGAAUGUACAAGUUUUCAAGUCACAUAGAACUUCAUCCUGGUGAGAAUGUAUAGGAAUGUGAUUGAAAUAUUACUCUGUGAAAUUGAAAAGCUUGUACAAACUUACAAAUCUCAGAAAAAUCCAAGGAGCAGAAUCCAGAUGUGCAGGUACUAUAAAUGGAAGUUAGUUUUCAAUGCAAAAAUUAGAGCCUUAAUCCAAUACAGAGAUAGGCAUGUUUAAGCCUAUUGUAUUGGACUAAGCUCCACAUACUUUCUUAGCUACUUGUUUUGUUUCAUGCCACAUUCAACAGUAUUGUCCUGAAUCAUUUGAUUUAUAUAUACUGUAUAUAUUUAUAUAUAGAAGAUAUACA